UUCUGAGGCCCCGCCCUCCUGAUGACGUACCACACCGCGCAUGCUCACUGUCUCCGGGUGUUUUCCUUAACGCUCGGUGCUGAAGUCUGCCGGAUCCAGAAAGGCUUCUCAUCUCGUAUAUCGCGGAGCCGGGGAUCUGGAUUACUGUGUCCGGGCUGAAGAUAUAACUUUCCUAUUGGUGAGUAUUGAGACCGAUCCCGAGCAGGGAGGUCCGAUGUUGGCCGUGAGCCCCGAACUGGCGGCCAGUUACUCAUUUAUUUUCCAGUUAUCUGGGCUCGUCAAAAAUAUGUCGACUUCACUUAAUCUGCUUUGAACGAUUCAAACCAGGAGCCCAGGCUGUCUAUUUCCGCAGAAUUGAAAUGGGAGACCAACCAACAGGUCACGUGAGGCUGCGUGCCGCAGAUCCGCCCCGCCCUCCGCUUUGUGACGGAGGAUCACGUGUUAGACCUGCAGUGAGAGAUUUAUUGGAAGAAAAACCCCAACUGGAGGAAAACCACGACUGAUGACGAGGGAGCAGCAACAAGUGAACCAACCCGAGGACUGAGAGCAUCAAUCAGAGAGAACCCAACUGACUCGGACAUUCCAGUGAUUCAGUCAGGAGAAAUUUUGGCUAAAAACAAGGAAUUUAUCUACGGGAAUUUCGAACACAACAUGCCAAUUUUGCUGUCUCUGUCCAGAUAUUUAAGAAGUGGAGCAAGGGAUUCACUCGAUCAUCCUUCCUGCUCAGGCUGUGGGGAGGGAUUCACUUGGUCAUCUGACCGACUGGCAAAGCGGAAAUUUUACACGGGGAGAGGCCGUUCAUUUGCUCAGACUGUGAGAAUGGAUUCAGUGGGUCUUCUCAACUGAAUGUACAUCAGCAAAUUCACACUGGACAAGGCCAUUCACCUGUUCUGUGAGUGAGAAGGGAUUCAGUCGUCUUCCCACCUGUGGACACACCAGUCAGUUCACACUGGGCAGAGGCUGGUCAUCUGCUGAAUUUGUGGGGAAGGAUUCACUCGGUCAUCUGACUUCAUGGCUCACCAGCGAGUUCACACUGAGGGGAGGCCGUUCACCUGCUCGGAAUGUGGGAAGGGAUUCACCUACUUAUCCCAACUGAAGAUACAUCAGCGAAUUCACACUGGAGAGAGGCCAUUCACCUGCUCAGACUGUGGGAAGGGAUUCACACAAUUAGCUGGCCUACAAGCACACCAGUCUGUUCACACUGGGGAGAGGCCGUUCACCUGCUCAGACUGUGGGAAGGGAUUCACUUCGUCAUCUCAACUGAAGGUACAUCAGCGAGUUCACACUGGGGAGAGGCCGUUCAACUGCUCAGACUGUGGAAAGGGAUUCACACAGUUAGCUAACCUACAAGCACACCAGUCAGUUCACACUGGGGAGAGGCCGUUCUCUUGCUCAGACUGUGGGAAGGGAUUCAAUUCAUCAUCUAAACUGAAAGUACAUCAGCGAGUUCACACUGGGGAGAGGCCAUUCACCUGCUCAGACUGUGGGAAGGGAUUCACACAGUUAGCUAACCUACAAGCACACCAGUCAGUUCACACUGGAGAGUGGCCGUUCAACUGCUUAGAAUGUGGGAAGGGGUUCAUUCGGUCAUCUCAACUGAAGGUACAUCUGUCAGUUCACUCUGGAGAAAGGCCAUUCACCUGCUCAAACUGUGGGAAGGGAUUCACUUUGUCAUCUCAACUGAAGGUACAUCAGCGUGUUCACACUGGGGAGAGGCCGUUCACCUGCUCAGACUGUGGGAAGGGAUUCACACAGUUAUCUGGCCUGCAAGCACACCAGUCAGUUCACACUGGCGAGAGGCCGUUCAACUGCUCAGACUGUGGUAAGGGAUUCACACAGUUAUCUAGCCUGCAAGCACACCAUUCAGUUCACACUGGUGAGAGGCCAUUCACCUGCUCAGUCUGUGGGAAGGGAUUCACUCUAUCAUCUUGCCUACUGACACACCAGUCAGUUCACACUGGAGAGUGGCCAUUCACCUGCUCAGACUGUGGGAAGGGAUUCACUCGGUCAUCUCAACUGAAGGUACAUCAGCGAGUUCACACUGGGGAGAGGCCAUUCACCUGCUUGGACUGUGGGAAGGGAUUCACUUCGUCAUCUCAACUGAAAGUACAUCAGCGAGUUCACACUGGGGAGAGGCCGUUCACUUGCUCAGACUGUGGGAAGGGAUUCAUUCAGUUAGCUACUCUACAAGCACACCAUUUAGUUCACACUGGGGAGAGGCCAUUCAACUGCUCAGACUGUGGGAAGGGAUUCACUCGGUCAUCUCAAUUGAAGGUACAUCAGCGAGUACACACUGGGGAGAGGCCAUUCACCUGCUCAGACUGUGGGAAGGGAUUCACACAGUUAGCUGGCCUACAAGCACACCAGUCAGUUCACACUGGGGAGAGGCCGUUCACCUGCAUAUUCUGUGGGAAGGGAUUCACUCAAUCAUCUCAAUUGAAGGUACAUGAGCGAAUUCACACAGGUGAGAGGCCAUUCACCUGCUCAGACUGUGGGAAGGGAUUCACUCGGUCAUCUCGCCUACUGACACACCAGUUAGUUCACACUGGAGAGAGACCAUUAACCUCCUGUUAAUGUGGGAAUGUAUUCACUCAGUCAUCUAACCUUAUGUAACUCUCACUCCGGCUAGCAGCUUAAUAUAGGGGGUGAUAGCCCCCUAGCUCGGCCAAAUGUGUGUGGAUGCUGCGCCGCGUCCCCUGUUACAUAUCAAUACCCCAAAAUAACAAACAGUACACAAGAUGUGAUUCAUAAUUCUUACUUUGACUAAAGGGUUAGUAAAGUAAAAAAAAAGGGCCCACUCUCCCCAUUUGUGGCUUCUCAUCUCUCCACAACAAAAGCCCAUGAAAUUCUCUCAUUCAGACUCACAAGAAAGAACAUUUCUGUCAUUGGAUAGCCCAGCACUCCAAAACCCUGUUAUCUCUAGUUGUAUCCUAAACAUUGCUGCUGCAGAGAAACCACUACCUCAGCAGUGAAACAUUACAGAGAGGUCAUUACAUUAGCAGUGAAACCUUACAGUGUGUUACACUUACAACACACUACCGGAUUCACACAGGGGAGAAAGUUUCAAUAAGCUUCAUGCUGGAUAUUUGUCCAUCACCAUUGCUGAAUGCUAUUUUGAGAGUGAUUGUAAGUGUUGAACUCUGCAAUUAUUGCUGCUGCUCACCACACCCAGUUCUGCACCCUGGUCACUGGGCCUGGGAGGAGUUUCUUCUGCUGCAUAUUCACCUUUAAUGGGACUAGAUCUGUGACAAAUGAAUCAGUUCUAUCUUAAGCACUGUCUCUGUUACUUAGUGAAUUUAUAACACACCUAGUGUACAGUAGAGAGUCAACUCAGGCUGGCUGAACCCUGCCAGUGAUUCUGUUCCACAACAGAUCUUUCAAAUCCUCCCCUGUUGUUCACCUCUCACUCUCCCUGGGAUGAGGUCCAAAUAGUCAUCACUCUGUGGGUGAAUAUGUUUCCCUUGAAUUUCUUGCAGACUGAAGAAGUCGAGCUGACUGCAGUUCUGUCUGAGAUGUUCUUUGCCCCUCUAAUCUCUGGGCUGAGGAAGAAUGACAUUGGGAGUUAACCUCCUUAAUCACGACUCAUGUCCACAUUAUGGGUCACUUUCCCCACUUCUAAAAUGUUGUUAGCGAACACCACUGUCCUCUAAAGACUGAAAGCAGAGUGGGAAGUCAUCAAUUGGAUUUUCAAUGAAGCUGGGUCAGAAACCAGAGGGAGGUCUGCACAGAGCAGAAUUUGGGGCCCUGGACGAUGUUCGGGGUGAGAACGUAUGAUGAGGAGAGGGGAUUCAGCAACAGGGCAUGUCAACGAAUGACAUUUGGAAGCAGAUUGACAGAGAAAGUAAUUAGGUUAUCUGACUGAUGACACAAACACUACCUGUGGUGAGGUGUUCCACUGGCUGAGGAACAUGUGUGUUAGGAAUGGUUUUAUCUAUUGGGGGAGUUGUUCCUGCUUGUUUAUCCUGUAAUAUUAUAACCAGAUGGAUUGACCUAUCUGAAAUAAUGUAUUGAUGAUCAUAUAAUUUGCAAGAUUUUGGCUCUAAAACUGGAUCAGGCUUGAAUUUAUGGUGUUUUCAUGAGGUGAUGGAGGGCAUUCAUGAGUUUGUAUUUUAAAGCAAGAUUUUGGUGAAAGAUAUUUGCCACUUGAUUGUACCUGCGUAAGUAAUCAGAUUGAGUUAAACUGCAGCAGGAUCCUAGAAUGUGUUGGACUGUGUCUGGUUUCUCUUGGCCUUUUCUGCACUUACUGCUUCGUUUGUUUGUAUUUCAUGAAGUUUCGAUUUGUUUUACUUUUGUUACCCACCUCGUCCUGUAUUUCCGCAAGGAACUCCUCUGUUUCUGGGAAGAAGUCUCCAACUCUCAGUCAGGUGCUCGAUGCUUCCUUGUCACCAUCUCGUCUGCUCAGAUCAUUGGGAUGUCUCCCAUGGAGGGUCAUACACAUUUCACUGGUUAAUGUUUUCAUCCAGAGUGAUGAUUUAUUUUUCUGAGCCAGCUUGUCAUUUAAGUUUU